AUGGGGAACGAAUUCACCCAACAUCCCCCAUUCCUGGAAUUAACCCCGACGAAUCGAGGACCGGCUCUGUCUGUCUUCACCUUCAUCUGUCUCUCUACCUCGUUCAUUCUGGUUUCUGCGCAGCUGAUGCUGUCGGUGUAUAUUUCCCGGCACCAGAUCUCUUUGAAUAUCCCGCUAUGGAUUGCCAAGGUGGCGCCGGAAUCACUCAUGGAAGCAAUGAUUCAUAACGAAUGUUAUCGUCAGUACAGCAAAUUCUCGUACGCCGCGGACCUGUUUGUCAUUCCGGUUUUGGCGCUCUCCAAACUCUCCACGACGCUGCUCACCCUGCGGAUCGCGCCGCCGCAUGGACGUAUGCAGCUUGCCUGCAAGAUGCUCAUGAUGGUCGUGGCUGGCUGGACUGUGUUUUCGAUCUUUGCCAUUUCGCUCGAAUGCAAGACGCCCGACCCAUGGCUUUUCACGCCGGACAGAUGCGGUGCUCAGAAACCUCUUCGAAGCAUCGUUGGCGCCUUCGACAUCUUGACCGACCUGUUCCUGAUCGGUAUCCCGUGUAUCAUUCUCUCCACGGUCCAGAUACCGUUGGAGAAGCGAGUGACGACCAUUGCCGCAUUCGCGGCCCGGAUUAUAUUGCCCAUGUUGCAUAUCAUGGAACUCAGCUAUCGCACUGACUAUUGGCAUUCCAAUGAUCCUACCUGGACGACUGUUGACCCUUCCAUAUGCCGGCAAUUUCUAAUGAACUACAGCGUCGUCGUCGCCUGCAUGCCCACGCUGUAUCAUAUCUUCUCCAGCUUCAACUCCGGGCUCUCCACUCUCUACAUUGGCGACGGCAUAGCACCAAAUGGACGACGACUGAGCAGGCGGAGCCCUUACGGCGACGGUUACUCUACCUCUUGGGCCCAGGACAAGGUUAUGCGCACGGCCAGUGUUGUGGGUCGUGAGGCGCACCUGCACCCGUUUCAGCAAAUGCCGAAUAACAAUGAGAGCUCGAGUUCGAGUAAGAACUACGGGAACCGCAUCGAUGUGAGAGCCGACGAUGUUGACAGCUUACGAUGUGCACGGCACUCGACCGGCGAUGACCAUGUGCUGCAGCGCAUUGAUGUUUACGUGGAAGUGGAGGAUCGACAGGAGCUGAUCUGA